CAUAACGCAGUUUAUCGCUGCAGGCGGCUGUCGCAGCUCCACGCACACCAGUGGGUUUCUGUGGUCUAGCAGGACACGGAUAUAGAAAACAGGAACUGCAUCCAUCACCUGUCAUGUCAACUGUGAAGCUCGAGCGUGCAGAUCAGGCAAAAAAUGCCCACAAUGGCAAGGUACUGAAGGGGCUGGAGACAAUUGCUGCCCUGGUCCGCUCUGUUGAAGAGACCCCUGAGCCAGUAGCUACCAAAUUAGAGGGAACCAUUCCCUCCUGGAUCAAUGGCAAACUCCUCCGCAAUGGCCCUGGGAAGUUUGAGUUUGGAGAAACACACUACAACCAUUGGUUUGAUGGGAUGGCCAUGCUGCACCAGUUCAAGAUUGAGAGAGGCGAGGUGACGUACAUGAGUCGGUUCCUGCAGAGCGAUGCCUUCAAAAAGAACAGCAAGCGGGACCGGAUCAUAAUGUCUGAGUUUGGCACGCUUGCCAUGCCCGACCCCUGUAAAAACUUCUUCCAGCGAUUCCUUUCUCACUUUGAGAAGUUUGAACCCACAGACAAUGCAAGUGUGAGCUUUGUGAAAUACAAAGGGGACUACUAUGUCAGCACAGAGACAAACUUCAUACACAGAGUGAACCCAGAGACCCUAGAAACUUUAGAGAAGGUGGACUGGAGUAAGUUCAUUGCAGUAAAUGGAGCCACUGCUCACCCCCACUAUGAUCCAGAUGGUACCACCUACAACAUGGGCAACUCCUAUGGAAGAAGAGGAGUCCUCUACAAUAUCAUCAGAGUACCUCCUGAGAAGACGGAAAGCGAAGACAGUCUGCAAGGAGCCAAAAUCCUCUGUUCUAUUGUGCCUGCAAACAAGUCCCAUCCCUCCUACUACCACAGCUUUGCCAUGUCUGAGAACUACGUGGUGUUCAUCGAGCAGCCAGUCAAGAUGGACCUGCUGAAGAUAGUCACAUGUAAAAUAAGAGGAAAGGCUAUGAGUGAUGGCAUCUACUGGGAUCCCAAACAGGAAACAGUCUUCCACCUCGUGAACAAACACACAGGCGAGGUCAGCUCAGUGAAGUACCACACCAAAGCCUUCUCCACCUUCCAUCAAAUCAACGCCUUUGAGGAGGAUGGCUUCUUGAUGCUCGAUAUGUGUUGCUCCGACGACGGCCAAGCCAUCAACAACUACCUCAUCCAGAACUUGCGUAAAUCAGGAGACGCGCUGGAUGAGGUAUACAACACCUUGUGCAGGGUUUUCCCUCGGCGUUUUGUUCUGCCACUGCAUGUGACCAAUGAAACCCCAAAAGACCAGAACCUGAACACUCGACCCUCGAGCAAUGCAUCGUGUGUCAAAAUCGGUGAUGACAAGGUGUUCUGCCAGCACGAGGAUCUCCAUGGAGAUGACCUCCAUGAGUACGGUGGCCUGGAGUUCCCGCAGAUCAACUACGCCAGAUGCAACACACAUUCGUACCGUUAUUUCUACGGCUGUGGCUUCAGACAUCUGGUGGGAGACUCUCUGCUCAAGAUGGACCUGAAGGACAAGACAUUCAAGGUCUGGUACCAGAAGGGUUUCUACCCCUCAGAGCCUGUGUUUGUGCCGUCACCUGAUGCUGUGGAGGAAGAUGAUGGUGUCAUCCUCUCGGUGGUUCUCACCCCGUCACAGGAUAAAGGGACCUUCCUCCUGAUUUUGGAUGCCAAGACAUUUGAAGAGCUAGGAAGAGCCUAUGUGCCUGUUAACAUGGCUUAUGGCUUCCACGGUACCUUCAGUGCCUCUGCAUAAACUUUUUGUUUUUUAGACUCCCCAUGAAUACAACGCAUCAAUAAGCAUUAGACAGUUAUAUAUUAUCAGGUGGUACUGAGUUGCUGCUGCUUUUUAUGCUUAACAUAUAGUGAAUAUCUGUAGACAGUAUAUAGGUGGGGAUCACCAGACAUAUGUUAUCACCAUAUUUCACUGACAAUACAAGCAGUGUGCUGAGUAUUACAAUAACCUGAUUUAGUAAAUCCAGUAAGAUUGUUAUCUCUCUUUAGUAGUUUGCUGCAAAUAGACGUUGGAGAUUGCUGUCCCGUUUUUACUCUAAUGACUGAGCCGUUAACUUGUUCUGAAUAGGUAGGUAGCUUUGUCAAGCGAAGUGUGAUCAGUGUUGGAUGGUUUUUCGACUGGUAGGACUUGUAGGGUACAGUUGAAAGUAAAUCUGUGGUCACCCAAGUGCCAAAAUGUUUUUUUAAAAGAAAUUUUAAUAUUCCAAAAAUUUUUACAAAUCUGACUUUUGUACUGUUUUUUUAAAUAUA